CUUUGGGGUCGGCAUUCCGCAUAUUGCGCAUAUUGCAACUUCCAUGCGUCUGUUUGUGACAUCUUUGUCAUUCGGGACUGCGUAUAUUCGAGAUUUGAACCACCAAAAACUUGUCUCUUUCGGGUUACCGUCGGUUGCAAAGGGUGGCUUUUUCUCUCCUUAUUUUUGGAUAUUUCAACAUGUGCAUGUUUGACAUGCAUGACCGGGCGCAGCGCUGAACGGAAAGGCUGUCUGGUUUUGUCUUUUCCUCCGACAGCGGUUUCCAUCGCAGACGCAGCAGCAUAUCGAGGAGUGGAGGGCUGGUGGGAAAGAGACGAGUCGCUAAUCUGGGACGGUAGGAAAUCUAAGGGGUAG